AGCGUCUCGGGCUCUCCCUUGCUUCCUUCCCUCCUAAACUUACAUCAUGACCUCCGCCCGCGUCGCCCUCGUCACCGGCGCGGCCCAAGGCAUCGGCAAAGCCAUUGCCUUGCGCCUGAACUCUGACGGCUUCGCCAUCGCACUCUCGGACCUUCCGGCAAAGCGGGAGGCAUUGGAAGAUGUAGCUAAGCUGAUCAACUCGGGCGGCGGGCGCGCGGCAGUGUUUACCGGCGACGUGUCUGUCGAAGAGGACGUAAAGAACAUGGUUGACGGCGCGGCGGAGGUGUUGGGUGGGUUUCACGUGAUAGUCGCGAACGCGGGUAUUUCCAUCCCGAGGUCGUUGUUGGAAGAGACAAGCGAGGGCUUCGACCUACAAAUGGCCGUGAACGCGCGCAGCGUCUUCCUCGCCUUCAAGCAUGCCGCGCGCCAGAUUCUGGCGCAAGGGCAUCACGAAGGCCGCCUCAUUGCAGCUUGCUCAAUAUGUGGCAAACACGGCUACACGAACACCGCGGCAUACUCCGCUAGCAAGUUUGCCAUCCGAGGGAUCACGCAGAGCGCCGCUCAUGAACUUGGUCCGCAUGGGAUCACUGUGAACGCGUACGCUCCAGGUGGAAUUGAUACGGAAAUGACUCGCGUCUCAUUGGCGACUGGUCGAAGUGGGUUCACGAUGGAAGGCAUGGCCAACUCCGUGCCCGUCAAGCGUAUUGGCCAGCCGGAAGACAUCGCCAAUCUGGUGUCAUACCUCGCAAGCAAGGAGGCGAGCUAUAUGACGGGGCAGACGAUAUCCAUCGACGGCGGGUGGCAUAUGGACUAGGAAGGAUCCCAAUUCACAUGCCUUGACUGCAUCGAUACUCAUGUCGUGGUGCGCAAACACAGGGGAAAUGGGUAUACAGGUGACUACAAGGUACAAUAGGG